AUGUUCCGUUUGGCUGCUCGUGUCUCCAGACAGCUGAGAGUAUGGGGGAGACGCCACCUCUCCCGUACCGCGAUUCCUAAGCGAGUACCUCGCGUGAUGGCCGUUACCACUUUGGUGGGGACGAUUGCCGUGGCUAUCGCCUUGAGCCAGCCGUAUCAAUUGGAUGCGAAGCCCAAGGGAAGAGGUGUACCCGUUGAAGAAUUGCAAAAGCACAACUCGAAAGAAAAUGGCGUGUGGGUGGCCAUCAAUGGUGACGUGUACGACUUGACCGAUUUCCUUGAAAUGCACCCUGGUGGUGAAAAGAUCAUCCUCAAGUAUGCCGGUACCAACGCCCUGAAGAUCUUCAACAAGUACCAUGCCAAGGAUGUGUUUGCCAAGUUCUUGUCGCCGGAAGCUUACAUCGGUCCUCUCGUGGGUGAGUUGGAAGAAGCUGCCGACAUCACUGAAGGUGAGAUGGACCCCGAACGGUUGAACAAGCUUGAAAACUUGCCUCUGAUCCACCACAUGAUGAACAUCUCCGACUUUGAGGCUGUGGCCCGUCAAAUCAUCCCUCCUAAUGCCUGGGCCUACUACCUGAGUGCGGCCGAUGACGAAAUGUCUAAGCGUGAAAACCACUACGCUUUCCACCGCAUUUUCUUCAACCCUAAGGUUUUGGUCGAUGUGAGAGAUGUCGAUAUCUCCACCGAUAUGCUUGGUACUAAGGUGGCGGCUCCUUUCUACUGCCUGGCCGCUGCCCAGGCUAGAUUGGGCCACCCUGAUGGUGAACUUGGCAUUUCUAGAGGUUGUAGUAAAGAGCGCAUUAUCCAAAUGAUCUCGUCGGUGGCGCUGUACUCUUUCGAUGAAAUCAUGGACUCUGCCCUUCCUGAUCAAACUCACUGGUUCCAGCUUUAUGUGCUCCCUGAUCGUCAACUUGCUUACGAUGCCAUUGAAAGGGCCAACAGACGAGGCGCUAAGGCUCUCUUUGUUACUGUGGACGCCCCUGAAUUGGGUAACCGUGAGAAGGAUAGAAAGUUCCGGUUGAACUUGGAUUUGGACGACAACUCGGAUGAAGACGCUGCCAUUGCUGCCCAAAUGGACGCUGACGUGGUGAUGUCUCACAAAGAUGCUGGUCUUACCUGGAAGGACAUUGCUGACUUCAAGAAGAUUGCUAAGAUGCCCGUUGUGAUCAAGGGGGUUCAAAGAGUUGAAGACGUUUUGUUGGCGGUUGAAAACGGCGUUGAUGCUGUUGUGUUGUCCAAUCACGGUGGUCGUCAACUCGACUUCGCUCGGGCUCCCAUCGAAGUCUUGGCUGAUGUCAUGCCUAUCUUGCGCGAGCGUAAGUUGGAUGACAAGAUCGAAGUCUACAUCGAUGGUGGUGUCACCAGAGGUACCGAUGUCCUCAAGGCCCUUUGCUUAGGGGCCAAGGGUGUUGGUUUGGGCCGUGCAUUCCUUUUCGCAAACUCUUGUUAUGGUGAAAAGGGGGUUCAAAAGAUGAUUAAGCUUUUGAAGGAGGAAAUCCGCCUCAACAUGAAGUUGUUGGGGGUGUCCAAGAUUUCCGAGUUGACUCCCGAAUUGGUUGACACUCGCAGUUUGAUCGCUCGUUCCGCCCAACCUGACUACAUGUAUAACUCUUCAUAUGAGCCUUUGACUCCUCCUAAGUUCAGAGACGAAUAG